CAGUUUCCGACGACAAAUCGAAAUGUUCAAGAUUAAUACAAAAACGGAUGCCAUCGCAAUACAGCGUCAGGCCAAGACGACACCACUCGUCGAUGACUAUGAAAUCUCCAACAAGGUGCUCGGCCUGGGCAUCAACGGCAAAGUGGUACAGUGCACUAAUCGCAAAACCAAACAAACAUAUGCGCUAAAAGUGCUGCUGGACAAUCCGAAGGCCAGACGUGAAGUCGAUCUGCAUUGGCGUGCAAGCGGCUGCAGACACAUAGUCAACAUUAUGGAUGUCUAUGAGAACACAUAUGGCGGCAAUAAAUGUCUGCUUGUCGUGAUGGAAUGCAUGGAGGGUGGCGAACUGUUUCAGCGCAUACAAGACAAUGCGGAUGGCAAUUUCUCGGAGCGUGAGGCCGCACAGAUCAUGCACGAGAUCUGCAUUGCGGUACAUUACUUGCAUAGCCGCGACAUUGCGCAUCGUGACUUAAAGCCAGAGAAUCUGUUGUACACCACCAAUGAUAAGAAUGCGAUAUUGAAAUUGACAGAUUUUGGUUUUGCAAAGGAAACGCUGGUAAAGGACACACUACAGACGCCGUGCUAUACGCCAUACUAUGUUGCUCCCGAGGUGCUUGGUCCCGAAAAGUAUGAUAAAAGUUGUGACAUCUGGUCGCUGGGUGUUAUCAUGUACAUUCUACUCUGCGGCUUUCCACCAUUCUACAGCAACAACGGUCUCGCCAUCUCACCGGGCAUGAAGAAGCGCAUACGUACCGGUCAAUAUGAUUUUCCCAAUCCGGAAUGGGCAAAUGUCAGCCAAGCUGCCAAAGACUUAAUCAAAGGCAUGCUAAAUGUGGAUCCCACCAAGCGUUUGACAAUCGAUCAGGUGAUCAGAAAUAAUUGGAUUGCACAGUACACACAAGUGCCACAAACACCGUUAUGUACGGGUCGUAUGCUAAAGGAGGGCGAAGAGACAUGGCCGGAAGUUCAGGAGGAAAUGACACGUUCAUUGGCCACGAUGCGCGUCGACUACGAUCAGAUGCAUGUCAAGGCGCUGGACAAAUCCAAUAAUGCACUGCUGACGAAGCGGCGAAAAAAAUUCGAAGAAGAAUUGGCGGCGCAAAAUAAAAAUACAUAAGGUUUCUGGCCUACAGACGCGUACGUAUGGAGUGAUGCGGCGUUAUAGACAACCUAAAUAGUAUAUAUACAUAUACUACUACAUACUACCUACUAAAUGGAGGAGAAGGUGCAACAUACAUACAUACCUAUAUAUUUGGACUCGUAGUGCGUGCUGAGCCUGCGCAUUCCAGCAACCAAAUGCGCAUCGUCAAGUUUGGAGAGAUAUUUUUUGACAAUUUGGACGGUAUUUUGUGUAAUUUUUACAUAGAAACGAUACCUAGUAUAAAAAA